UCUGGGGGCGGGGGUGGGAGGCAGUGGGAGGAAGCAGAGCAGCUGUGGUAUUUGGAACGAGUAUAAAUAGCCGCCGGGACAGAGCUCCGUCAAACAGGGCUUUGCAGCUGCAGCAGCCCCGCGGGCAGGCCUGGCCACUGUUGGCCACCGCGGGUGCACCCCGGGCACGGAGACGGCGGCGGGCAGGCUCGGCCCCUGGGCUCUGACCAGACACUCCUCGCCAUCGCCCCGUCUCUGGAUGCCCCCUCGGCCAGCCAUGCUGCUGGGUGGCCUCCUCCUGGUUGUGGCCACCACGACUGUGGCCCAGCGGAGGGGACAGGAGGCUGGCGGACGCCGCCGGGCACACCGAGUCCAGCACGGCCAGUGCAGCUACACCUUCGUGCUGCCCGAGCCUGAGCCCUGCCCCCCGGAGCCCGAGACCUUUGGGGGCUCCAACAGCCUCCAGAGGGACUCCCCAGCGGCUGCGCUGAAUCUAGGGGACUGGCCGACCCAGCGGGUGCGACAGCUGGAAAAAAUGCUGGAGAACAACACGCAGUGGCUACAGAAGAUAGAAAGGUACAUCCAGAUGAACUUGAGGUUGGAGCUGGCUCAGGCCCAGCAGCACAUGGUCCAGAACCAGACGGCCACCAUGCUGGAGCUGGGAAGCAGCCUCCUGAACCAGACCACUGCCCAGACCCGCAAGCUGACCGACGUGGAAGCUCAGGUCCUGAACCAGACAUCGCGAAUGGAGAUCCAGCUGCUGGAGACCUCACUGUCCACCAACAAGCUGGAGAAGCAGCUGCUGCUGCAGGGCCAUGAGCUGCACCGGCUGCAGGGCCGCAACAGCUCUGUUGAACUCCAGUUGACACACCAUAUAAUUCACCCAAGCGGAGCCCUCGCAGGCCUCGAGCGCAGCCUGCGCGCCGCCAGCAGCAACUCCAGCCUCCUGCAGCGCCAGCAGCGCCAGCUGCUGGAGUCCGUGCAGCGCCUGGUGCGCGUCGUGGCCCAGGGCCCAGCCUCCAUGAGGGCAGCUGAGCAGGUGUUCCAGGACUGUGCAGAGAUCCAGCGCUUCGGGGCCAAUGCUAGUGGCAUCUACACCAUCCAUGUGGCCAACAUGACAGAGCCCAGAAAGGUGUUCUGUGACAUGGAAGCCAAUGGAGGUGGGUGGACCCUCAUCCAGCGCCGAGAGAAUGGCAGUGUGAAUUUCCAACGGAACUGGAAGGAUUACAAACAGGGCUUUGGCAACCCAGCCGGGGAGCACUGGCUAGGCAAUGAGGUGGUGCACCAGCUCACCAACAAGGCAGCCUACUCUCUGCGCGUGGAGCUGCAAGACUGGGAUGGCAACGAGGCCUACGCCCAGUAUGAGCAUUUCCAGCUGGGCAGCGAGGGGCAGCUGUACAGGCUUUCUCUGAGCGGGUACAGCGGCUCGGCGGGGCGCCAGAGCAGCCUGGUCCUGCAGGGCACCAACUUCAGCACCCGAGACGCAGACAACGACAACUGCCUCUGCAAGUGCGCCCAGAUGCUGUCCGGAGGGUGGUGGUUUGACGCCUGCGGCCUCUCAAACCUCAACGGUAUCUACUACCCGGCUCGCCACCACGUGCGCAAGCUCAACGGCAUCCGCUGGCACUACUUCCAGGGCCCCAGCUACUCGCUGCGCGCCACUCGCAUGAUGGUGCGUCCCACGGGCAUCUAAGGAGCGGCGGCGCCUGGAGGCUGGACUCUCAAGAGGACCUGGACACGGUAUCGUCUGGACAAGACAGACCCAAAUACAGGACACAGUGCCAGGACCUUGUCCUGAACACCCUGGCUCCCCUGAGCCAGCCCUCCUUGCCCCAGGAGUCCGGGAGAGUCACCUGCCUCCCUAUUCCCCUCAAGUUGUGAAACGGCAGGUGUUGGGGGGGGUUCCUGCCUCUAUAGUAUCCCUCUUGCCCCUUCCCUCCUGUCUCCUGCAGGGACCUCCUGCCAGCUUGAGGGUUGCAGUACCCUGAAUGAGCUGAGAACAGACUUAACUGGGCUCCGCGAAGGAAUACAUGACUUGUGAUGGAAUUUCAGGCAGGUGGGAAGGCAUUUAUGGGCAUGAAACUACCCAGAUGUAGGCCCAGAUUCUGUCCCCCUUUUGUUGGGCAGGCCAUCUUGUGUUUCAACCUUUCUCAGCUUUGAGAGGUCCUUGGACUUUCUCUUCGAGACUGAAGGAGCUGCAUCCACCCCACAAUGGGAAUCAUUAUUUCCACCCUCACUGUCUGCCAGUCCCUGGCGCCAGCGUCUAAAGCUCAGACCUGGUUCCUCAGGGGCUCCAAGAGAUCUAAGAGGGAUUCCUUUACCCCCCAGAAUGUCCUAGAAUGUGUUCCAGACAGAAUAACUAGAUCUCCCCUCUAAAAGUACCCAGGGUCAAGGGAGGGAAACACCAGGUUAAUCAAUGUGAACAGGCAUUCUCAGCUGCAAGACUUGUCAGAGCCA